AUGGAAAAUAACGCUGUCGAAAGCGAUUUUGGUCAGGCGCUCGGUGAAAGACAAACUCGUCGUGUUUAUCUGAUCACUUAUUCCCAGGCAGAUUUGGGGAAAAUAGCAAAUUGCCAGGCGUUUGCUGAUUGUAUUCCUGAGGCAUUUUCACAAUCACAAGGAAAUCAAAAGGAUAAUACGAACCAUCCAGAACACUGGUCAUGCUGCAUGGAGGAACAUAGAGAUGGGGGAAAGCAUUACCACUUGGCUAUCAAACUAAGUGCACCAAGGCGGUGGAAAGCCGUGAAAAAUUAUGUAAGCAAAAAGCAUGGAAUUGCCUUCCAUUUUUCCGACCAAUCAUGUGGUUACCAUGUCGCCUACAAAUACGUCUGCAAGAACAAGUCAUUCACCGACGUAUUACACAGCCCUGGCCACCCAAAUUUACAAGAAAUUGGCUCACCAAAAACCAAACGUGCUUUCACACAGUUUUCUGAUAACGCGAAGAAAAGGAGAAUCUCAGCACCAACUAACAAUGAGAAAAUUAAGGAAAACCUACCAAGUUCUUCGAAACCCAAGAAGUUAACCAAUAUCGAUGUUUCUGAAUUUAUUGUCGCAAAUGAUAUUAGAAGCGAUAGUGAGUUAAUGGUCGUUGCAAAAACUCGUCAUUCUGAGGGCGAAAAGGAUUU